GAACCUGAUCGAGCCUUUCUCACUAGCUUCUGUGGUGGAGGGGUGAGACAGCAUGUGAGUGCCGCUUGGAUUCCUUUUAUUUUGGAUGUUUUGUGAUUAUUAUAUAGAAUGAGAAAUCAUAAAGCAUUUAUAUUUUAAUGUAUUAAGACUGCACAAAGAGAGAUCACUUGAAAUGGUCUCCUGCUUUUAGUGAAAUUUGCUUUUUCAUUGAAAGCAUUGGAUAGACAAACUACAGGAUAACAAAAUGGCUCAAGUGGACGCAGAGUUUGGCAUGAAGGGCAGCAGCAUCAUCAGGGAAUGGAGCGGACAGGUACAGCCUGCUCUGGUCGCCACUUUUGUUUUCCUCUUCUGCCUUGAAGCCUGUCUGUGGGUCAGGAACCUUAGGCUCAAGAGAAGACUGCCGGGACCCUUUGCCUGGCCUGUGGUGGGCAACGCCAUGCAACUGGGCCAAAUGCCUCACAUCACCUUUGCCAAGCUUGCCAAAAAAUACGGCAACGUGUACCAGAUACGGCUAGGCUAUAGCGAUAUUGUGGUUCUGAAUGGAGACAGGACGAUACGUGAGGCUCUCAUACAGCACAGCACAGAGUUUGCAGGCAGACCAAACUUUGUCUCUUUUCAGGCUGUCUCAGGGGGUAAAAGUUUGACUUUCACCAAUUACAGCAAACAGUGGAAGAUGCACAGGAAAAUUGCUCAAUCAACGAUCAGAGCAUUCUCAUCUGCCAACAGCCAGACCAAAAAAGCCUUUGAGCAGCAAAUUGUGGCUGAAGCCACAGAGCUGGUUGAGAUUUUCCUAAAACUCAGUGCUCAGGACCAGUAUUUCAACCCAGCUCAUGAGCUGACAGUAGCUGCAGCGAAUGUGAUUUGUGCCUUGUGCUUUGGACAGCGUUAUGGACAUGACGAUGUUGAGUUUAGAGCCUUGCUGCAGCAGGUAAAUAAGUUUGGAGAGACAGUAGGGGCUGGCAGCUUGAUAGAUGUGAUGCCAUGGCUUCAGUCUUUCCCUAAUCCAGUCCGCAGGAUGUUCAAGGACUUCAAAAACCUGAACCAAGAGUUCUUUGGGUUUGUGCGGAACAAGGUCGAGGAGCACAGAGAGACGUUUGAUCCUGAGGUAACAAGGGAUAUGAGUGAUGCCAUUAUUGGCGUGAUUGACAAGGCUGAAAGCGACAAUGGUCUCACCAAAGACCACACAGAGGGGACGGUGUCAGAUCUGAUUGGUGCAGGUCUAGACACCAUUUCCACUGCUCUUCACUGGCUUCUCCUUCUGCUGGCUAAACACCCUGAAAAGCAAACCAAACUCCAUGUCCUCAUUGACAAAGUUGUGGGGCGAGACAGGCUGCCAUCUGUCGAGGACAGGAGCAGCCUGGCCUACCUGGACGCUUUCAUCUACGAAACUAUGCGCUUUACCAGCUUCGUCCCCGUCACCAUCCCCCACUCCACGACCUCAGACGUCAUGAUCGAAGGCCUCCACAUCCCAAAAGACACGGUGGUCUUCAUCAAUCAGUGGUCCAUCAAUCAUGACCCCCUGAUGUGGAAGGAUCCACAUAUCUUUGACCCCUCACGCUUCCUGGAUGAAAACGGCUCCCUUGACAAAGAUCUCACCAACAAUGUGAUGAUCUUCUCAGCGGGGAAGAGAAGAUGUAUCGGGAACCAGAUUGCCAAAGUGGAGAUAUUUUUGUUCUUUGCGAUUUUACUCCAUCAGUGUAGCUUCGAAAAAUGUGCUAAUGAGGACCUGUCUUUAAACUGCUCCUAUGGUUUAACACUGAAGCCUUUAGAUUACAAAAUCACUGCCAAACUCAGGGGAAAAUUACUUGAAGGCCAAUAAAACUCUGAACAUGGUUCUCCACUUAAAGAACAACAAUGCGAUUUAAGGUAUGUGUUAUAGAAUAAAUAUCUAUGCCUUGUAUAACAGAGGAUUUUUAUGUAAUAAGCGUAUAUUAACAAAAAAAAAUACAAAUGAUAAGCUUUAUUACUUCUACUGACAUUUAAAAUUGUGACAAAAGACAUAACUGGUAUUUCACUCUGUUACAAGACAAUGAAUGGCUGGAAAUGUCGUUAGAAAGAAUGUGAGUCAUAUCUGGACUUGACAGCAAUUAUACUCCUCAACUCUGAAAAACUGUGACUGAGAAAACCUAAAUAUAUCUGUAGUGGCUCUCCCGCAUCAUGUAAGAAACAAGAAAAAAUGCAAUGAAAGCUUUUGAUGUGUUUGCCCAAAGCCACAAUUCAUAAUAAACCAUAAGUAUGUAUUGUUAUUUAUAUGAGGGUAUUUAGCAGAGUCACCCUAAAUUGCAACAUAAACCGGUGGUGAUGAAUAAAUUCACUUUAAGCAUUUUGUUUUUCUCGCUGAUGGGGAGAAAUCAUGUGCCAUCUGUGUGGUCUCAACUCAGACACUCAUUUAUCUUUGCAUUGAACUUUUUUUAUGUUUGAGCUUAAUGCAGCGUGCAAGUCACCCACAUUCAUGUACUCUUAAAUCAUGCAUAAUACUGUUGUAUCCUGAUGAUAACUUAUGUCACAUAUAAUGUAUGUCUAAAAGCCACUAAUGCAAUUGUUGGUUAUACUGUCUUCUUCCUUUCCUACACGUAAUACAUCACUGUACAACAUGAUUUAUUAGGCAUAUCACAUUGCCAGAAUAAUACGCUGUAUGUGAUACAGUCUGUUCUCUACUAUGCACAAUAAACAUUUUGUAUUGAUUUCUAA